AUGGUCGCCAUUGAAACGGCCUUGAAGCUGGACGAACUGAACUGUAAGCAGCAGCAGCAGCAGCAAGUCGACUUUGAGAAUUGUCCGGUGUGUGGCGAUCGUGUUUCUGGAUAUCACUAUGGAUUACUGACCUGUGAAUCGUGUAAGGUAUGUAUCUCAUCGAAUGCCUUCUGUCUUAAUCACUUCGCAUCCAUUUAUGAAACGGGCUGGUUUUUUCAAACGGACCGUGCAAAACAAGAAGAUUGCAAUGAAAACCGCGUCCACUUUCAGUCUUAUCAAUGCUCUGCUGAUCAAAAUUGUGCUGUUGACAAAUCAUGUAGAAAACGAUGUCCGCAUUGCCGUUUUCAGAAGUGCAUCCAACGGGGCAUGAAAGUUGAAGGUAUCAUCUAUUAUUUUAUCGUAUUUUCCAUCUUCUGA